ACGUUUCCCAGAAGCCUCGUGGGCCCCCGCUUUGUUUUUCUCCUGGGUCCUGGGGGCAGCUGAUCCGCUCAAGUCUGACGGUGCCAGGAGGGGCUGCGGGUUCACCCGGCCUUGCUGAGCCCAGCUAGCGAAAUGAUCCCCGCCCCACUCCUCGCAGGUUGAAGAGCGGCAGUCCUGGCAGGGUGGCAGGCCAGCCGGGGCGUGGGGCGCGGGGCGCGGGGCGCGGGUGAGAAGGGGUGCAUUGUCGUCCUGUCCUGCAGCCGAAUGUCCGUCCCAGAGGAUGAGAAGAGGCUGUUGCCGCUCGCCCAGAAAUGGCCCCGAGCGAGCAAGUUCCUCUUGUCCGGCUGCGCGGCUACCGUGGCCGAGCUAGCAACCUUUCCCCUCGAUCUCACAAAAACUCGACUCCAAAUGCAAGGAGAAGCUGCUCUUGCUCGGCUGGGAGACAGUGCAAGAGAAUCUGCUCCCUAUAGGGGCAUGGUGCGCACAGCCCUAGGGAUCAUCCAAGAAGAAGGCUUUCUGAAGCUUUGGCAAGGAGUGACACCUGCCAUUUACAGACACGUAGUGUACUCUGGAGGUCGAAUGGUCACAUAUGAACAUCUCCGUGAGGUUGUAUUUGGCAAAAGUGAAGAUAAGCAUUAUCCCCUUUGGAAAUCAGUCAUUGGAGGGAUGAUGGCUGGUGUUAUUGGCCAGUUUUUAGCCAACCCAACUGAUCUAAUAAAGGUUCAGAUGCAAAUGGAAGGAAAGAGGAAACUUGAAGGAAAACCAUUGAGAUUUCGUGGUGUGCAUCAUGCAUUUGCAAAAAUAUUAGCUGAAGGCGGAAUACGUGGGCUUUGGGCAGGCUGGGUACCCAAUAUACAAAGAGCAGCGCUGGUGAAUAUGGGAGAUUUAACCACUUAUGAUACAGUGAAACACUACUUGGUAUUGAAUACAUCACUUGAGGACAAUAUCAUGACUCAUGGUUUAUCCAGUUUAUGUUCUGGACUGGUAGCUUCUAUUCUGGGAACCCCAGCUGAUGUCAUCAAAAGCCGAAUAAUGAAUCAACCAAGAGAUAAACAAGGAAGAGGACUUUUAUAUAAAUCAUCAACUGACUGCUUGAUUCAGGCUGUCCAAGGUGAAGGAUUCAUGAGUCUAUAUAAAGGCUUUUUACCAUCUUGGCUGCGAAUGGCUGCUGUGAUUGUCAACAGCAGCAGGAGCCACUUUGAAGGUUUGAUAAAAGCCGAUGAAGAUGCUUAAAGAUGUCUGUUUGCUGAAACUAUCUGCUAAUAAACAGGAAUAUAUUUGCUCCCUGUUAAUCCAGUUACGCUCUGACUAAAAAGGAUGGAUAACUAAUAAUUCUAGUGAUGGAUGUGUUCACUGGCUGAGGAUAGAAGAGGAAAUUAAAACUGGAAUUGCUUUAAAUAUUGGAGAAUCAGUCUCUUCUUUUUGAUAUUGUGUUGAACUUUGAUUUCCAUGAUACGUUCCCUCCUGGCUCUCUGCUUAGAAUUUUAAUUAUUCCUUUUCAGUCCUUGUUGGUUGUUUCUUUGCUGCCAGGUCCUUAAAUUUUGGUGUUCAAGGUUCUGUUCUUGGCCGCCUUCUCACUUUCACUCUCUCUCUAGGAAAAGUCAUGCAUUCUGUGGUUUCAGCUACUAAGGAUGGCAAUUCCCUAGUACAGUGGACAUUCAGUAAUUGAUAGCUAUUACCAUUAUCUGCAUUUCUGGUCAUUUCUAAUUUAAAAAGGUCUGGUCAUGUUUUCUCAAUUGCCAACUAUAUAUAUCUACCAGGAUGGCUCACAGUCUUGAGGUGGCUCAAGAAUGCCAUCUGCUUAGAGUAGGACCUUUUGAUGAGGCUACUUCAGUUGAGGUGUGACCCACCUCUUUCAGGAUGGAUCUUAAACUUAUUAUUGGAGUGCUUUAUAAACAGAUUGGAGACGGGGAAGGGAGAACGCUUGUGUGCAUGCCACAGAAGCAAGAAGCUGAAAACAGUGAAACCUGGAAGAGAAGGGAGAGACCAGCAGACACUUCCAUGUGUUUUGCCAUGUGACAGAAGAGCCAAGGAUUGAAAGCAUUGCCUUGAUGCCUUGGUUUGGACAUUUUUCCAGCCUCAAAACUGGAGUGAAUAAAUUCCCAUCAUUGAAGCCAAACCAUUUCAUCAUACUUGCUUAAAAAGCCUAGAACACUAAAACAUACACUAAUGCAAGGUGUGAAUAAUAGGAGGUAUAUAGGAACUUGGUAUUUUCUGCAUGAUUGUUCUAUAAACCUACAACUUCUCUAUAAAGAAAAAAGAAAUAGGAAAAAAGUCUAUUCCUUUCCUACUAAAAUUGCUCCGUAUAAUGGCCUAAUCUUGAAUUAUUUGUGCAUGUAUUCCAAUAAAACUUUAUUUAUAGACAAUGAAAUCUGAAGUUUAAAACUUUUUUAUUUUGAAAUAAUUAUUAAUUCACAAGAAACUGCCAAAAAUGUAAGGGGAGGUCCCAUGCACCCUUUGCUCAGCCUUCCUCAACGGUAACAUCUUGCAUAACUGUAGUACGCAGUCAAAACCAGAAAGUUGGCAGUGGUACAAUUCACAGAUUCUGAUUUCACCUAUUUUACAAUCACUCCUAUGUGUAUGUGUGUGUGUGUGUAUCAUUUUAUGCAUGUCACCAUCAUGUUCAAGAUACAGAACUGUGCCAAUCACCACCGGACUCUUACUACCCCUUUAUAGCCACACCCACCACCUCUCCCAAUAUCCUUAACCCUUGGCAACACCGAUCUAUUCUCUAUAAUUUUUUUGUUUCAAGAGUAUCAUAAAUGGAAUCACAUAGUACCUGUUAAGAUUGUAUUUUUCACUCAGCAUAAUUUCCUUGAGAACCAUCCAAGUUAUUGCAUGCAUCAAUAGUUUGUUCCUUUCCCUUUUCAUUGCUGAAUAGUAUCCCAUGGUAUUGAUGUACUAGUUUUUUUUUUAACCAUUCACCCGCUGAAGGACAUUUGGGUUGUUUCCAGUUUGGGGCUAUAAGGAAUAGAGCUGCUAUAGACAUUCAUUUAUAGGUUUUUGCAUAAACAUAAGUUUUUGUUUCUCAGAGAUACAUGCCCCAGGAGUGGAAGUGCUCACUCACACGGGCAGUACAGGUUUAGUUUUAAAAGAGCAGCUGUACCAUUUUACAUUUCCACUAGCAAUAUAAGAGUGGUCCAGUUUCUCUGUAUUCUUAGGCAUUUAUCACUAUUUUUAAUUUUAGCCAUUAUCGUAGGUAUAUAGUGGAAUCUCAUUGUAGUUUUAUUUGCUUUUACCUAAUGGCUAAUGAUGCUGAAAAUCUUUUCAUGUUCUUUUUUGCCAUCUAUAUGUCCUCUUUAGUGAAGAGAGGACAUCCUUUCUUCAUGUCUUUUGUCCCCUUUCAAACAGGAUUUUCUUUUUAUUGUUGAGUUUUGAAUUCUUUAUGUAUUGUAGCUACAAGUCCUUUGUCAGGUAUCUGAUUUGCAAAUAUUUUCUCUCAGUCUGUAACUUGUCUUUUCAUUCUUUUCCAGAGUAUUUCUUGCUUGAAUUAUUUUUUAAAGUAUUCAUUGAGCAGUAAUUUUCUAAUUAAGCAUCUUUAAGCAAGGGUAGUUAUAAAUAUAGAAACUAUAGACUCUAAAGUAUAUUGUGUUUCCACUUAGAGUUCUCUAUGUAUGGAGGUCUAAGACUGCACCAAAUAAAUAUGAUCUACCUAUUUUGGCCAAUUUCCCUACAUCAUGUUUCCAUAACAAUAUUGAAAGAACUCACAAUAUAGCAGUCCCCUACCUCUUGGCAAAAUUUCAUCCCUUCCCUCUUCCUUUUCUGUUAACCCUCAAAUAUUUGGGGGAGGAUAAGAUUAAUCCUUCUCCCUCCUUUUCUAAAGCCAAGGGCCUCUCAAGACAAAUAGGAGGGAAGAUUUUUUAUUUUUAUGGAAUGUAAAAUAUUUUGCUUAAUAGAGUAUGGAUGAUAUACAGUAGGAGCUUAAUCUUCACACUGCAAUAAUCUGGUUUUUUAAAUGACCUCGUUCCCUUUGCAGCAGCAAAGCAGGACAGAGCAAAAUUAAGCAACUACUCCAGAUACAGAAGGGGUGGGGCAUUAGAAAUAUCUCAGAAAAUUAGAGAGAAAAGCUCUAAUAAACCCAUCAUGGCCACUUAAAGACCCUGAAAUCCUAGGACUAUGGUCCCCAAGUCAAGGAAGGAGGUUAAGGGACAACUUAAAUGGAAACAAGAAGUCACUCACUAUAUCUACUAUCCUGUGAACUUUGUAAGGAUUUGGUUAUACUGCUUGGGCCUGAAAUAGAGGAUGGACUGAAAUAGCCAUCAUUCCAUAUGAUGAUGAAACAAGUCCAAACAAUGAUAAGAUCAUUUUGUAAUGAAUUCCUUCCUUUCUCCAUAAAGGGAAUUGCUAGUUACCUACUUGUUCUUUUGUUAAACAUUUAUUGUGUGCUGACUAACCAUCCAGCACUAUGCUAGGCAUUAGAAAUAUAAAAAUAAAUUAGAAGGGAUCCUGCUUUCAAGAAGUUCACAUUCCAUGAGAUCUUGUUAUUCUGUAUAGGUUAAUGUAAUACUCCAUUACAUCCCAGAAUAUUUUGGACAGAAAAUAAGAAAGUAUUUGAAAAGUUCCCUUGAGGGACU